AUGCUAAUGGCUAGGAACAAAAAACUAGGACUUCGUGAAUACUGGUCAACUGAUUCAUUACUUUAUACACCUAUAUUUGGUCAAAUUAUGAGUAGAAACAGAUUUCAGAUUCUACUUCGGUAUCUCCACUUUACCAACAAUGAUCAUCAAGUAGCUGGUGAUAGACUGUACAAAAUACAAAUGGUACUAACUGAAGUCAAAAAAAAUUUCCGAGAUGCUAUGGUUAAAUUUCAAAACCUUGUAAUUGAUGAAAGUCUACUUUUGUGGAAAGGUAGGCUCUCUUUCAAGCAAUUUAUUCGCACUAAAAGACAUCGUUUUGGUAUAAAAUUCUUUAUACUAUAUGACGUAGAAACCGAUUUUAUAUUAGAUUUCAUUAUAUAUACUGGAAAAACUACAGAUAUAAAAGCCUGUGAUAUAAAUCUUGGACAAUCUGGAGCUAUAGUAUGUACAUUGUUGGAAGGAUAUUUGAAAAAAGGUCGAACAUUAUUCACUGAUAAUUGGUAUACUUCACUAUUACUUUCCACCUAUCUACAUAAAAAUAAAACUAACAGUUGUGGGACUGUCCGAAAAACUCGAAGAGGAAUGCCAGGGCUCAAAAAUAAACUUAAAGUUGGUGAAACACAAAGUUUGCAUACUACUAAAAUGUUAGCAAUAAGAUGCUUGGACAUGGUUGGAUUAUUUCGAUGA